AUGUCGAUCCUGUUACCACCCACAAUUGCUUUGAGAUCUCACGCGUUCGACACUUACUUGAGCUACAGCAAUGAUUCUGAUUCGGAGACGCAUGGCUUUCUCAAAGUGAACGGAGAAAUUGUCAUCAGCAGGUUGGCAAAGUUCCAAGUAGUAUCAGCCACUAUUGGGACGGGUCUAGUACAUAUAAGAAGCAGUCACAACAGAAAGUUCCUGCGAAGGAGAAUUGAGGGUACUUUAUGGAGCGGUGAUAUAUACCUUUCUCCUGACGCUGAUGAACCAGAGGAGGAUCAGUCCAAAUGGUCGUGUACACUGUUUGAGCCUAGACUAUAUGCACCUGGCAACCCCGUUCAGGUCCGGUUUAUCCAUGUCCAAACCAAACGGUAUGCAACGGCCAUGGAAGAGGUACGAGGUGGAGAACGGUUCUUUGGAUUAACUGAAGUUCAUUCUUCCGCGAGUUGGAUCUUUGAUGUCAUUGACUUGGAGUCAAUGGUGAUAUUGCCAAAGCAUGUGGCCUUCAAAGGCCACACCGGCAAUUAUCUUAAGCUUGUGGAGGAUGCAAAGCACAGGUUCAUUUCCACCGAUGAGGGGCUUCCCGAGUCCUGGUACGAGGUGGACACUGAUCGGCACGGAAGGGUGGGGAUCAUGUCUCGCCAAGACAAGAAGCAUUGGUAUGACAUGAAUGGCUUCAUUUCCUCCCGCACAAGGGAUUUGAGCACACAACCCUUCACGUUGUUUUCGGCGGUGAAGGUGAACAGUAAUACGGUAGCUCUCAAAAGCAUGAGCACGGACCAGUUUUGCGCUCAAACGAACCAUGCAUUGGGAACCGACCUCCUUACUGCACCAUUCACCAGCAUCGCAGCAUCCACACACCUUAGGCUGGAAGAGCUUGUUCUCUCUAGGAGAAUCUACGAAACGAGCUUCGACCUCGCCAAUGCCGUAAUCUACGGCGAGACUCCGAUCAUCAUGGCCAGCGCAAGCGCCAGCAACAAUACUUCAGCAGAUAACACGGUGGAAUUGAAGUUCGAGUACAAGGAGAGUCAGAGCAGCACGUGGAGUUCGAGCCACUCGUGGAUGGUGGGGGUGAGUCUCACCGCCGAAUUCAAAGUUCCGUUCAUCGGCGGUACCGAGGUCACCGCUGAAACACAGUUUUCCGGGUCCUAUGAUUGGGGAACAACUAUUACUUCUGAAACCACAUUGGGGACUACUUACACGGCUACUGUACCGGCAUACUCUUCUAUCAUUGUAAGCCUGUUGGCCACUAAGGGAACUUGCGACGUAAGUUUCUCCUAUUAUCAGCGGGACGUGCUUUAUGACGGUUCAACCGAAAUCUUCAGGAAAGAUGAUGGGUUGUUCACGGGCAUCAACACAUACAAGUUCCACUACGUGGUUACAACAACGAAACAGUCGUCGGAAUCUACAACCAGAGUUGAGAGGUUUCCUGACCCAUUGAUCGACCCCACCGUAGAGGAAAACCUACCUCUACCCGAGCUGUGUGGAUCAACCACCACCCCGGAACUAGAGUUAUCAUUGCUGCAUGUAGAAGAGAAGACUAUCCAAGAUGCAGCAACUCUGCCAUUGGAGACCAACCAAGAAGUUGGAGAAUCCUUGGCUUGGUAG